AUACCAGAUUGUUAUUGUUUUUGUGAUAACAUUUUGAUUAGCAAUAAAAAGUUACUGAUUAAUGAAACAAAGCGUAGAUGUGAGAUUCUGGAAAUCUAGAAAAGAUGGGGAGCUACGCGAAAGUGGAGGAGGAUUCACCGCAGGAGCGGAGUCAUCGAUCUUUGAUCUGCUGGAGUGCUUUGUUGUUGGUUUCCCUUGCGGUUAUCACAUUCUGGGGAUUCCAGGGAUUCCGGGGACUCUGGGGACUCCAGUUGCAAACCAAAAACCAGGAGGAGCAGCGACUGGUGUGCUACUACGCCACCGAUGGAGGCCACAAUCUCAGUUUGCUCGAUGUGCCCGGUGAUUUGUGUACCCACAUUAAUUUGGGACCCGCCAUCCUGAGCAAUGCCUCCAUAUUCCUGCCCUCAUCCCUCGUCCAGGUGCUGCAGAACGACAGCCGAUCCUUUCGCACGGCCCAUCCGCAGGUGCACCUGCUCCUUUGGAUCGGUGGAGCGGACAGUGGCCGCCAGUUUGCCCACAUGGUGGCGAAUCAUGCGAUGCGUAAGGUGUUCCUGCGCUCGCUGCGGGAAAUUAUGCGCACAUAUCCCAGUCUGGAUGGCAUCGACCUGGACUGGGAGUUCCCCAGUGCCUACGAUCGCGAGCGCAUGCAUCUCUCGCAGCUGCUCUACGAGAUCAGGACGGAAUGGCGUCGCGAGAAGCGUCAGCAGGAUAUCCUAUCCCUUGCGGUUGCUGCUCCCGAGGGAAUCGCCUUCUAUGCCUACGAUAUCCGGGAACUCAAUCUGUACGCCGACUAUGUGAAUCUGAUGGCCUACGACUUUCACUUCUAUCGCGAGGAUACACCCUUUACGGGAUUGAAUGCUCCACUGUAUGCUCGUGGUCAGGAGAGAUCCCUGAUGGCCACUUUUAAUAUCAACUACACCGUUCAGUGGUGGCUGCAAAGCGGCCUGGAGCCCCAGCGAUUGGUGGUGGGUCUGCCCACCUACGGUCACUCCUUCACCCUGGUGAAUCCUUUGAACCAGCGAAUUGGAGCACCUGCCUCGGGCUACGGCAAAUGUGGCCAACUGGGCUUCACCACACUCUCGGAAACCUGCGAAUGUGCCGCUAGAUACUUCAAGCCCACCUACGCCUAUGAUGCGGAGAGCUGUUCGCCUUAUUUGAGUGCCCUGCAGGAGUGGAUAUCCUACGAGAACCGAACGAGCAUCGCCUGCAAGGCCAACUAUGUAAAGUCCCUUAAACUAGGAGGCGUCAUGGUCUUCUCUUUGAACUCCGAUGACCUCAGGAAUGCUUGCAGCUAUGUGGAAAAAACGAAAAACCAAGAGAAGCCCGUCUUUCCACUCACCCAGGCCAUCAAGGAGAUCCUAAGAUCCUAAGGGAUGAAUCGCUGUGAUUAUAGUUACAAUCUCGGUAUUAAACAUGGGUUUGGAAAUUGACA